AAUCAAACAGCUGUUUAAAAACAGAAGACAAACAAAAGAGACGAAUGAUUAUUAUUUAAUCAAUAACCAAAAAGGAGUUUACAGAAGUUUGAAUAUUAAUAAAAUGUCAGCACCAGGAUCAGCAACUUCAAUGAAAACAGUUCCACAAACGGGUCGUAAAAAACCAAGUGGUCCAAAAUUUGAAUUAACAGAUGAACAAAAAAAUGAUAUUCGUGAAGCAUUUGAUUUAUUUGAUACAGAAGGUAGUGGUAAAAUAGACGUGAAAGAAUUGAAAGUGGCGAUGAGAGCGUUAGGUUUUGAACCAAAAAAAGAAGAAAUCAAAAAGUUAAUUGCUGAAACAGAUAAAGACAAUUCAGGUAGAUUAUCAUACGAUGAAUUCUAUCACAUUAUGUGCAGUAAGAUGGCUGAAAAGGAUUCGAAAGAAGAAAUUAUGAAAGCAUUUCGAUUGUUUGAUGAUGAUGAUACUGGUAAAAUAAGCUUUAAAAAUUUAAAACGUGUUGCUAAAGAAUUAGGUGAAAAUUUAACUGAUGAAGAAUUACAAGAAAUGAUUGAUGAAGCUGAUAGAGAUGGUGAUGGGGAAAUUAGUCAAGAAGAAUUCUUUCGAAUAAUGAAAAAAACAAGCCUAUAUUAAAAUUUGUGUGUCUAAAUAAAAAUAUAAAAAUGUAAAUUUGUUUAAGGUAAUUAAUUCUUUAUGUAUGUAGAUUAUUUUAAUGUUACAAUUUCAAAGAUCUUCAUUUGAUGAAAAAGUUGCUUUUGUAUCAUAAAAUUUCAAUUAAUAAUGA